CAAUCUCAACAAGCUCAUCCAUCGAUUCAUCACUCAUGGAAUACCUCCCAUCAAAACGCUCGUGUUAAACCUGAUUUUGUUGCCAAACGCAAUUUCAUCAAAGUUCCAGUUCUUGCAGGGUAUAAUUUCCGAUCCCAUUCAACCCUCGUUUUAGCUUCCGUGAAACGUUACCAGAGAUGGGCACAGUUUACCUUUGGAAACCUCAAGUCUCACCAUUUCGAGUGGGUCACCUCUCCCUGCGUCUAGACGACGAGGAAAAGACAUACAUCUCCUUCUGGCCAGCUUCCUCAGAAGGAAAAUCCGCACUUAAAGGAGUCACAGCAAAAUGUCAGACGUACGACCAAGACGUCUCAGCUGAAGGUGGCAGUCCUGACGCGUCCUACUUCAUUCCUUCGCGAUUCCUCGACUUGAAAAAAAUCCGAACCUGGUUCCAAAAAAUAUUGGAGAAAGUGGAGUACAGCUUGUUUAAAAAUAACUGCGCCUUAACCGUUUACAACGCCCUUAAAGAGGGAGGUCUCCAACUGUUCAAGCAGGACUCGUGGCGGACGACCGACAUGUUCAUCAGUUUUCCUGACGAUGAUGGCCCCACCUACGAAGAAAUUGAAGCCCGGAAAGAAAUCAUGAGACAAGGGGUCAUCGAGGAUCUCCCAGUAACCCCAGCGACAGCCUUCGCCUGGAUUAAAGAAAGGGUCCAGGAACUUAAGGGGAAUGGGAAAUCCUGGUAUCAGUUUUGAUGAUGUAAACGUACACGAAUAAAAUUAAAGAACACAGAACCUGCA